AUGGACAAUUGCGAAAGCGGCUGCGAUCGAAGUGCGCGGUUGAGCGUAGCGGUUGGGAUCGUGCAAGGAUCCUUGUUACUGCCACCCAUCUCUAGAGUUCGCCAUGGUCCCACCUCGAUUCCAACCGCUGUCUUCACCGCACCGCUUCGAGCGCAGCCGGCUAUGCAACUGCCCGUGCUUCAUGUCGUCUCGACCCAACUAUAUCUAGGGCGAUCAGGGACUUGGAGACCGGGCAGCCUCAAGGACAUCGGAGAGGGAUUCGGGCAAGGGGAUGGGACCAUGGCUACGCAGCACCUAGGCUAG